AUGAAGCUCCUUACAGGACUGUCAUUGCUAUCUUUUGCUGCUCCUUCCUUGGCUAUACCCGCAGCCAGUCAACUUUCACGCAAUGAGAUAACCCAACAUGAACAGCCCUUGAUCAAACUCAGACCCCAAAGAACAUCAUCCAGAGAGCUUGUGAGCCUUGAUGGUCUCUGGAAGUUCGCUCUCGCAUCUGGCCCCAAUGACACAGCCCAGCCAUGGACCGCACCAUUGCCCAAAGGUCUCGAAUGCCCAGUCCCGGCAUCUUACAACGACAUUUUCGUCAACCGUGAGAUCCACGACCACGUGGGAUGGGUUUACUAUCAGCGUGAGGUAAUUGUCCCCAAGGGCUGGUCUCAGGAGCGAUAUCUCGUGCGGGCUGAAUCUGCUACGCACCAUGGUCGUAUCUAUAUCAACGACCGGCUUGUUGCCGAGCAUGUGGGUGGCUAUACACCCUUUGAAGCCGACAUCACUGAGUUGAUUGCCGCCGGUGACAAAUUCCGCUUGACAAUUGGUGUCAACAAUGAGCUCACGCAUGAGACAAUCCCACCCGGAGAAAUCACGACAGGGGAAGCCAGUGGCAGGAGAAUUCAGACAUAUCAUCAUGACUUUUACAACUAUGCUGGUCUUGCCCGAUCUAUUUGGCUAUACUCUGUACCUCAGCAGCAUAUUCAGGAUAUCACUGUGGUUACGGAUGUUGAUGGCAACAAUGGCCUGAUCAACUACGAGGUUGAAGUGGCGAACCAGACUAGAGGGCAGGUCCACAUCUCUGUGAUCGAUGAGGAUGAAGCUCUUGUUGCAAAAUCUACGGGAGCUCAGGGCACUGUUACAAUCCCCUCAGUCAAACUAUGGCAACCUGGCGCCGCGUAUCUCUACCGAUUCCAGGUUAACAUCGUGGGCUCUGGAGGUGAUGUGAUCGACACCUACAAUUUGGCCACCGGCGUUCGUACCGUCAAAGUCGACGGGUCAAAAUUCUUGAUCAAUGGCAAGCCUUUCUAUUUUACCGGUUUCGGCAGACAUGAAGAUACUGCAGUCCGUGGGAAAGGACAUGACCAAGCAUACAUGGUCCAUGAUUUCCAGCUAAUGAACUGGAUCGGGGCCAAUUCUUUCCGGACCUCCCACUAUCCUUAUGCUGAAGAAGUUAUGGACUUUGCCGACCGAAAUGGGAUUGUCGUGAUUGAUGAAACACCUGCUGUGGGUCUAAACAUUGCCUUGUUGGGGGGAUCUGACGGUGACACUCCAAGCACGUUCUCACUAGAUGGAAUUAAUGACAAGACCCAAGAAGCACACAAGCAAGCGAUUUGUGAACUCAUUGCGCGAGACAAAAACCAUGCAAGUGUUGUAAUGUGGUCCAUUGCCAAUGAGCCUGCAUCUCAAGAAGAUGGAGCUCGCGAGUACUUCGAGCCGCUCGCCAAAUUAGCUCGUCAACUUGAUCCUACUCGCCCUAUCACUUUUGCCAACGUCGGUGAUGCAACAUAUGAGUUGGAUCAAAUCUCCGAUUUGUUCGAUGUCACCUGCCUUAACCGGUAUUUCGGAUGGUAUUCUGAAACGGGAGACCUCGAGGAAGCAGAGGCAGCUCUUGAAAAGGAGUUGCGUGGAUGGCAAGAGAAAUUCAACAGACCAAUCAUCAUGUCUGAAUAUGGCGCAGAUACCCUUGCAGGUCUUCACUCUAUCCUAGCCCUGCCAUGGAGCGAGGAAUUCCAGGUCCAGAUGUUGGCUAUGUAUCAUCGAGUCUUUGAUCGCAUUGAGUCGAUGACAGGCGAGCAUGUUUGGAACUUUGCCGAUUUCCAGACUUCCUUGGGCAUCUACCGAGUCGAUGGUAACAAGAAGGGUGUUUUCACCCGUGAUCGAAAGCCAAAGGCAGUAGCUUAUGAUCUGAGGGCACGGUGGACCAAUAUCGAGAAUAAAUAG